GUGACUUUCACACUGGCCUUUAUGAUGUUGUUCGGUAAUGAAAUGCUCCUCACAUCUUUAUAUACAGCAAGUAUUUUGGCAGCUUUGAUUUUAGUAAAUCUCGACUGUAUUCUGGGCAGAAUCACGUUACGUCCUCUCUAUGUAGCCAUAACCUCUUUGUGCUUUGUUUUCGGUACACUUGGAAUAAAGCUCGGUAUUUCAACGCUGCUACAAGUGGAAGAUGACGCACAUAUCUUCGAUAUUCUACGAUCGAAAUUCACUGAUUACGCGACAUUUCAUACACGCCUUUACACAUGCUCAAAAGAAUUUGAUUUCAUUUCAUUCGAGACUCUUCAAAAGUUAUGUGCCACGUGGUUAUUACCUGCAGCUGCAAUGGGCAUCUUUUUGUUUGUUGUUGUUUUCCUAUUCACAGAGAGAAAGGAAUUACUGUAUAGAAGUGGCAACAAGGGAAAACCAUAUGCAGAGACGGCUUGCUAUGCUGUCAUGGCGCUGUUAAUUAUGCGGCUGAAACUCUUCUUCACACCACAUCUAUGCAUUUGUUCUGCAUUUUUAGCUAAUAAUAAGGGAGAGUACAGCAAUCCUGAGCAAGAAAUGCUUUUUGACUGGAUAAUGAGAGAAACCAAGCCAGAUGCAGUUUUUGCUGGCACGAUGCCUGUGAUGGCGAAUGUCAAGCUGACCACCCUUCGACCCAUUGUCAAUCAUCCCCACUACGAAGAUGUUGGCAUUAGGAAUCGAACCAAGCUGGUCUAUUCGAUAUUCAGUAAGAAGCCUAUCAGCGAGGUACAUGAGACGUUGAAGAAAAUGGGUAUCAAUUAUGUCAUUUUCCAAAUGCUCAACUGUGCACCAGACCUCGAAAGGCCCUACUGUGCCUACAGAGGUAUGUGGGACGAAGAGGAUCCGGAAAAUAUCAACCGUGUUUCCAACUGUGAUCUGUUCAAUGUGGCAGCAACACAACAUGAUCAUCACAGAAUUUUACCAUUCAGAAUAGCGUACUUUAGAAAUAACAAUUAUUUAGUAUUAAAAGUUUAA